GACCGCUUCAUCGUGUACAAGACAUACUCACACGACAAUAGCACCAUCUACCGCCUCACAACGUGGACCAACGUGUCGGCCUGGGCGCUGGGGUGGGUGCUGCCCAUCAAGAUCACCGUCAUCUUCCUCAAGGUGCAGCAGCCGACGCCGGCGGGCGCGUACGACAGGCUGAAGCAGGCCGGGCUGACGCUGCCGGCUGGCUCGCGGGGCGGGCUCGCCGACGACGCCGACACGGUGGUGGAGCAGUGGGCCAAGCCGUGGAACUCGGUGUCGUCGGGCGACAUCACGGCCUUUUGCGACGCCAACAUGGACCAGAUCAAGGUCGGCGUGCAGGAGACGGGCUACCUGCGUAUUGUUACAAUCGUCUGGGCCCCGGAUGACAAGGGCGGCGACGCUCCCCCGCGCAUGCGCGGAAUGGCCGAGUUCAUCAAGGACCGCUUCCGCGUGCAGAAGGACGCGGCCAAGUGGGAGUCGGUCGCCAGGGUUCCCAUCAAGUGGAUCGUGGGCGGCACU